GCCGCACCGUCCUUCCCUUUCGGCUCGAGGGCACUGCUGCCGCCGCCGCCGCGACGCGGCGCGGCCCUCCGCCGGGCGCGCGUCUCGGCGCUCGGCGGGGGCGGCGAGGGGGAGGCGGGGAGGAUACUGGACCCGCGCGCCACGCCCUUCCAGAUCCUUGGCCUGGACGCUACCGCCUGCUACUCUGCCGCCCAGCUCAAGGCCGCCUUCCGCACCCGGGUGAAGGAAUUCCAUCCUGAUGUUUGCAAGAACCCAGAAAACGCAGAUCUAAUAAUCAGACGAGUGAUCGAGGCCUAUCAGGAACAAUGUUGACCCAUUUGAUGAACCUGAGUGUGAAGCCCGUGACAUAUUUGUAAAUGAACUUCUAUGCAUUGGCACUGGAUGCCCAUAUUCUUGUGUUAAAAGGGCACCUCAUGUAUUUUCAUUUUCAGAUGAUAUUGGUACCGCUCGUGCAUUAUCUCAAGGUAAUGGUGAAGAUGACCUUGUUCAGCUCGCUGUUGGGCAGUGUCCAAGAAAGUGCAUAUACUAUGUUACGCCUUGCCAACGCACAAUUUUGGAGGAUGUUCUUUCUAGUGUGUUGAUGGCACCUUACGAUCUUGCUGAAGCAGCAGUUCUGGAUUCCCUCCUUACCAAAGCAAAGUUUGAGAAUAACAGGUACAUGAAGCCCAAACGAGGAGCAAAAUCAUCGUCUGAUUAUGUUGAUUGGAUGUGAUCUGAUCCUGAAGCACCAAGUUUUGCCAGUCUCAGCCUGGUAGUUCAGUAGAUUUUUGGUGCCUUUUUCUGUGGUCCAUGGGAAACUUGUUCCCACUCAGCCAGUGGAAGAGCAUGAUGCACAGAUGUAGGGAUGUUUGGAUCCAUGAGCCUUAGCCUACUUACAUACCAAAUAGUAGGACUAAACAUGAGCUAAUUGCUGAUCUAAUUAAUGGCUAAUUGAUCGUCUGAGCCCAUUAGCCCUUGAUUAGCUCUCAUUAGCUCAUGUUUAGCCCCAUUAGCAUAUCUAGGGCUAAACUUUGGCACCCCUGUUUUAGCACAUCAAACACCUGUAGUGUGCAUAAAUACUCCUGCAGCGUGUAGGCCAUUUCCUGUGUGGCCCCGACUGUUUAGAUGCUUGUCUAUAUGUCACUCCUGAAUUUGUAGGUGUACAGAAUGCAACAGGUUCAUGUGUGUGUGUGGGGGGGGGGGACCCACCUUUGUCUAUUCACUACUGAACAUCCAUUUUUUUCAUCCUGACAAGAGAAUUUUGAAACAUAAAUCUUUUGUUCCGGACACGGGCACCUGAGAGCUUGCCUAAUUUUGAAAAAAAAAAACAAAAUAUCUGGUAGCUCAACAAACGUCCCCGUUCUCGUUCACAAACCGCAACGGUAAAGCACCAAAUCCAGGCCGCCCGUCGCAGGAUCCACGGCUCCCACCGCAACGCCUUCCUCCCUCCCCAACGGUCAUCUCCUCCCCCAUAGCCAAACGCCCAAACCCCCCCCCCCCCCCAUCCCCACGGACCCGUCCAAUUCAAAAAUCGAAUCCGCCGCGGCUCCGCUUCUCCCCCAACCCGAAUCCCAUUUCCAAACCGCCCGCUCGUCUCCUCCUCGAGAACGCCCCCGGAUCCCCAGCGAGCGGAUCCCCUCCUCCCCGGACGGAGACCCCCCAGAUCGCAGCCAUGGAGCCGGAUCCUGUCGCCGUGGGAGCGUCCUCCUCGCCGCCGGCCGCGUCUCCGCCGCGGCAGCUGCCACCGCCAGGUGACGACGAGCGCGGCGCGGGGGAGUGCGCGGAUGCCGCGAGGCCAGAUCAGCGCGCGUCCGGAGGAGACCCGAACGACGCGCCGCCGCCGUCGCCCGCAUCGGCCGCGCCGCAGCCGUCGCCUCAGGAGCCCACAGGUGAGGACACGGCGGCGAGCUGCGAGGUGGAGCAGGAGCAGGAGAAGGAGAAGGAGAAGGAGGUGGUCCCCGGAGUAGGGGAGGCUCUCCGCAUCUUCAUGGAGGAGUUUGGAGAAGAAGACAACACCCUUACCCUGUCACCGCUGCUUAAGGAGAUCACUACUCCUGAUGGCGCUGCUGCCCUCCGCUUCCUUGGGGGAAAGUAUAACAGCAUCUUGGAGAGGUACAAACAGCAGGUGGCCAAAUGUGCUGAUCAGUGCGAACCUAGAUAUGAUGACCUGAAGAAGAAGUACACAGAUGAGUGCGCUGAGAGGAAGCGUCUAUACAAUGAACUUAUUGAGCUGAGGGGGAACAUAAGGGUGUUCUGCAGAUGCAGGCCUCUGAGCUCUGAUGAGAUCACCCGUGGGUGCUCGUCUGUGGUUGAGAUUGACUCAUCACAAGAGAACGAGCUGCAGUUCGUCCCCUCUGAAAAAGAAAGAAAAGCCUUCAAGUUUGAUCAUGUUUUUGGUCCAAAGGAUGAUCAAGAGACCGUAUUUUCAGAGACCGUACCCGUUGUUAGGUCAGUGAUGGACGGGUUCAAUGUAUGCAUAUUUGCUUACGGACAAACAGGAACCGGGAAAACCUUUACGAUGGAAGGGGUUCCAGAAAAUAGGGGUGUAAAUUAUAGGGCUUUGGAAGAAUUGUUCAAAAUAUCAGAGGAGAGGACUACGUCUGUUGCAUACACCUUCUUAGUAAGCAUAUUGGAAGUCUAUAAUGAAAAAAUCAGAGAUAUGCUUGACGAGAGCAAUGAUCAAUCAAAAAGGUUGGAUGUUAAGCAAAGUGCCGAUGGGACACAAGACGUUGCUGGUUUAGUUGAGGCUCCAGUUUAUAACAUAGAUGGUGUGUGGGAGAAACUGAAAUUUGGCUCCCGAAACAGAUCUGUUGGAUCAACCAAUGCAAAUGAACUCAGUAGCCGCUCCCACUGUUUGGUUAGGGUUACUGUUAAGAGCGAGCAUUUGUUGACGGGUCAAAGGAGUAGAAGCCAAAUGUGGUUGGUUGACCUUGCUGGAAGUGAGAGAGUAGGUAAAACUGGAGUAGAAGGUGAUAGGCUGAAGGAGUCACAGUUUAUCAACAAAUCACUCUCUGCCUUGGGUGAUGUCAUAUCAGCUUUGGCAUCAAAACAUUCUCAUAUCCCAUACAGGAACUCCAAGCUGACUCAUUUGCUCCAAAGUUCAUUAGGUGGAGAUUGCAAGACACUAAUGUUCAUACAGAUAAGUCCAAGCUCUACAGAUUCAGGAGAAACUCUCUGUUCCCUAAAUUUUGCUAGUAGAGUCCGGGCUGUAGAACAUGGCCCUGCUCGUAAGCAAGCGGAUCCAGCUGAAAGUUUGAAGUUCAAACAUAUGUCUGAAAAACUUCGGCAUCAGGAAAAAGAAAUCGCGCAGCUGAAUCAAAGCUUGCAGUUGAUGCAACUCAAGUAUGCAUCUCGUGAGAAUGUGUUCAGGACACUAAAUGAGAAGGUGAAGGAUGCUGAACAAGCAUGCAAAAAUCAUCAGCAGCGGAUUAGAGAGCUGGAAAAUGAAUUAGGUAAUGAGAAGAAGGCUGCUAAGGAUUCUGCUAGAUCUUCAAGGCCACCGCUUGUUCCUACGAGACAGAGACAACCUCAAGGAAGGAAUAACAACUAUGCACCACCUUCAGGUCCUUCUAGGUCAAGGUUCAGUAAAGCACCGACAAUUCAAAACAAAGAGAACAUUCCUGUGACGAUGAGCAAAGCAUAUCCUGGGGCUGAUCCUAAUAAGGCUGUUGGCAAAGCAAGGCGUGUAUCUCUGACUCCGAUGAUCCGGCAAAUUCCUAUCCAGCCUAAAAGGCGUUCCUCAAUGGCGAUAUUACCAUCUCUAAGAGAGCAGCUGUCUGUGCUCAAUGAAAAGAGAGCAGGAUCUCGACUUUCUCAUGCCCAUGUGCCUAGAAGAUCAAUUCCAGCAACACCCCUUCCUGGCCAUGGGACAGUUGAUGCAACCCCAGAUGGAGCAAAGUUGAGGAGAAUUGAUUUUGGCAGCAGCAGCAAGUUCACAAGCCCUCCUCCAAUGCCAGGCCUGUGGAACAAAAUGGUGACACCGCAGCAGAAGCUGGGAAUGGCGCCGGGAGGUCCAGAGAACACAAGCAGGCUGUGUUUCAGCAUCCAGAAAAGACUUGUGGUUUCACCUCGUGGUCGGGUGAAACCCAGUGUGCCCUCUGGUCUGAACAUCUUCAACCCCGCUCUGCGUGAGCAGAUGGUGGUGGGGAGAACAGGAAAUGCAAUGCGGGUGCUCAAUACCAAGAGAAGACAAUCAGUUAUUUAGCUCUGUUGUUCUGGAAGCAAAAGAUACAGUGAAUGUUUGGACGUUCAAACGGAUCUGUAAGAGUCUGGGAGUGAGCUUUGUUGAUAAGGAAACCGUGUUAGAACUCAAGAUGUUCUUUUUAUCAUCAUUAUAAUGAUUGUGCUUAGCUAUUACUAGUUGAUAAGAAAACCGUGUUAGCAUUUUCAUGGAAAUCUGUGAUUGUAUUAAUUCGUUACCAAAGAAGCACUAGCCAGAAUUUCCUGAA